ACACAAAUUCUCAUACGCACUAACCACGAUUGCUACAAAGUUCAUCGUCGGCCCGCUCUCGUCGAGGGCGGGCCAAAUGGCCUUCUUCUGCUGGCCAAAAUUGAGGGACUUCCGCUGGGCGUCUGUCACCCGGAUGUUCGACCCCGCGAAUUGCCACUGCCAGCGGCCCAUUGACGGAAUGGAGGCGAAGAGGCUCGCCCUCCUGCUCAGCCCGGACUCACAG